UGUCAGUUUCAGUGGAACCCGCGGUUGAUGCCGGUGAGGAGGGGGAUGGGCGCCUCUGCGAAUGUGAGGACCCAAGACAGAAUCAGAGCCCUGUAUCACAUAGAGCAGCAUAUACCCUAUAAUAAAUAGCGAUUGCAUAUAUGCUAUAUACGAAAAUAAAUUGAUUUAUCCACCGGGGAUAUGUCAUAGACAUUCAAUGGAUGCACUGCACCUGAACAGGACUGGGGAUUUAACUUUACGUUUGUGCGUGGGAGACAUUAAGAAGUUUGUUUCCUACCCCUGGAGAGGGAGCUACUUUUAAGGGCAAAGGAUACAGGAGAGUCCGAGGCCUAUACACAGGCCUACUGGUCUGGUUGGAUUUCAUGUUGGGAUGCUCUAAUGACUUCCUACCCUACAUGAAUUCACGUCGUUUGUACACGUUUGGAAUGCCUCUUUAGGUCCCCAUGACCGUGAGCCGUGGGCUACGGCUCGGUGGCGCCCCACCUCUGGAGUGGUCUGUUGCGGUAGUCUGGACCCUGUGAUUCCUCUUCUCACCGCUCAGUUUCCCCCCCGUCCCAUCCUGUCCCUCCCCUCCCCCUCCCCCUCCUUCCCCUUGUCCCCCCCUCCCACGCGCCGCUGUGCUGGACGUCAUGAGCAUAGUAAUUGCGCUGGGAGUCACCACACCUGAAACGUCUUACUCCGAUAUGGCUGCUGGAUCAGACCCUGAGUCAGUUGAAGCAAGCCCUGCCGUGAAUGAGAAAAACUACAACCACAGCUGUGGGAGCGCACAGAAUCAUGGAUAUCGGGGAUUACCAUAUGCUAUGCAACAGUCUUCCGUUGUGUGUUGUCAGGAUCACAACUAUGGCGCACCCCCUCCCCCCACCCCACCCGCUUCCCCGCUAUCCCAAACCAUCAUCCCCCGCAUGGAUCUCAACGGCAUGGUGCUCGGCUCCCACUAUCACGAACCUACGGAGGAUAACUCAGCAGACAGCGACAGCUCCUCCGAGGAGGACGGAGCCAUGCCCCCCUGGUGUCACUGCAACUUGACGCUAGAUGGCCUACUCAUCAAGUGUGACAACUGCAGAGGACUGGACCGUAGGAAAGGAGCUGAUGGCCAACACAGGAAGACAGAAAAUGUCUCAGCUGGAGAAAGCAGUGCCACAGAAAGUGGUGAUGAAGAGGUGUCACCCUCCACCAUCUCCUAUACCGCCACCCAGCAUACGCCCACCAGCAUCAAACUCACUGUCAACAGGGUCAAAAGGAGCAAAUCCAAAAAGAGGAAGAAGAGCACAGAGAAGGCCCGUGGAACAUCGAAAAACAAAAAGGUCAAGGCUUUUAGAGAGGGUUCCAGGAAGUCUAUGAGGAUGAAGAACUCAACAACAGAGGCAAAUGUGCUGGAUGAGAACACUGCAGAGGGAUGGGAGAGCAAGAUCCGCCAGUGGACAGACCAGUAUGAGGAGGCUCUGGCCAACCAGUACAGUGCUGAUGUCCAGACACUGCUGCAGCUUCAUCGUGCUGCCAGCACCACUGCCUCAAAGACUGAGAGCGGCACCACAAUGCCUCCCUCCACUGCACAGAUCCACACCUCAGUCGAUGCCAUGGACACCAUCAACCGCACGGAGCUGGCCUGCAACCACACAGUGCUAGGUUCACAGAUGCAGCUCCAGUUGGGGCGGGUAACGCGGGUGCAGAAACACAGGAAGAUCCUCCGAGCAGCCAAGACCCUGGAACCAGACACUCUUAUCAUUGAAUAUCGGGGAAAGGUCAUGCUCAAACAACAGUUUGAAGUCAAUGGACACUUCUUUAAAAAACCCUACCCUUUUGUGCUGUUUUAUUCAAAAUUCAACGAUGUAGAGAUGUGCGUUGAUGCGCGGACCUUUGGAAAUGAUGCACGCUUCAUCAGGAGGUCCUGUACACCUAACGCCGAGGUUCGACAUAUGAUUUCUGAGGGAAUGAUCCAUUUGUGCAUCUACGCUGUCACUCAAAUCACAAAGGACUCUGAGGUCACCAUUGGAUUUGACUAUGAGUUUAAUAGCUGUAAUUACAAAGUGGACUGUGCGUGCCAUAAGGGCAACCAGAACUGCCCGGUGCAGAAGCACAACCUGAGCCCCAGGGAGAGCUUCCUGAGUCCCCCCUCACUGCUGCCUCCCUCUCCUCUGGUUGGUGCCGAGACGCGACGGAGAAAAGCUCGGCGGAGGGAAAUGGAGGGCAGCCUGGCCAGCGAUAGCAACCAGACCCUUGACGACAACCAGGAUGCCAAAGAACUGCAGGGAACAAGUGACGCAGAGGAGAGACUUCUGGAUGAGGUGAAUGCAGAAGAGGGUGAAGAAGGAGAGGUCGAUGAAAAUGGGGUUACCAUCUCCAGUAAAAGAACAUUUAACAGCCUGGAAAGGAGGCGGAGGAGAGUGGGAGGAGCAGAGUUAAAAGAGGAGGGUGAGGAAACAGAGGAUGGGGCAGGAAACCCCACAGCAAACACCCCUAUACCCCACAGCACAGGAGUUGGGGUCAGCACACGCCGCACCACCUACGUCAUGGAGACGCCAUCUAUUGAAGAAAAGACAUCAUUAACCCAUCCUACUACCCCCGUCGCUCCCCCUAAACCUGCACGACCCACCAAGCCUCGUCCUAAAAGUCGGAUGUCUCGCUACCGGUCAAGCUCGUCACAGCGAGCUCGGCGGCAGCGGCAAGCCCUUGCCCAGCAGGCAGCGGCAGCCGCUGCGGCUGCAGCACUGGCAGCAACGCCGUCAUCAGCUGAACAGGGGGCUGCACUGGAUGAGGAGGGACCUCAAGGUCCAUAUGGUGCUGAACACGGCCAUGGAGAGAGUGGUCUAGGAGGUCAUCCCUUGGAUGGAGAUGGCCAUGGUCUAAACGGCCUAAAUAGAGGCAACUUGCGCUACCCCAAAACCAAGAAGUACCUUGUGACAGAGUGGCUGAAUGACAAGAUUCCUGGAGGGGAAAGGGUUCAGCAUGAGGUGCUUGUUGAGCGCCCGCUGCGGAUAACCACUGACCCUACGGUGCUGGCCACCACCCUCAACAUGCUGCCAGGUCUCUCCCACUCGUCGCUCAUUUGCACCGCACCCAGACACUACGUCCGCUUUGGCUCCCCCUUCAACCCAGAGAGACGCAGGCCCCGCCCACUCCAAAUGGACGGCACUUACGGCUGCUACAAAAAGAGAUGGAUAAAGCAAGUGGAGGAUGAAAGUUGUUCAGCCAGUAUGGAAGACGGCACUGAGUCCACCUCCUCCCAGCAAAGUACCAGUAGCAGAUCCACCCCCAAUCCCCUGUCUACUGAAGUCGGUGCUCCAUUUAAAAAGCGGCGCUCCAAGUAUAUGGCAGACAUGACACCAGCACCCCCAGAAAGCCUGCUUCGUCCCCUGUCACCCAUCACACCUCCACUCCCCGAGGACGGACUCCACCCACUGCUGCACACCCACUGUGGCUCCUUGCUGCCCAAUGGCCUGGGCUACUCGCCCAUGCCCUCGCUGCCUGCAAGUCGAUGCAACACACCAUUGCAAUUUGAAAACAUAUCUUCCCCCGAGGCAUCUCCUGUCCACCGGCCAGAGUCUAUCUCACCUGAGCCAUGUCUUCAGACAGACUUUGAAGUCCCAAGGCCUCAGUUCCCAGACCUGUCGCUCCCCUCCAGCUUGGAGAGUCCUGUGGCCAUGACCUCAGAUGACUUGUCCCUUCCUGGAUGCCUCUCAGGUCCAGAUUUCCAGGGUCCAUCAGCUAUGGGGACCAGCUCCUUAAACCCAGUGUCCUGUCCUUCCUCAGACCUAAACCCCCCAAACAGGGAGCAGGGCUUUAGGACAGAGUUCAACCUCAUAUACACCUGUUCACCACUCAAUGCAAACUUGGCGAACCCUGUGACUACCGACUGCCGUCAAUCCCUGUCAGAGGGAGGCUUUUCCCCUGCGGAGUCCUUCCACAGUUCCAUAAGUGGCCAGGGGCUGAUGGGAGAUCUUGGCCCUGGCUCCAUGUCACCCUACGGUGAACCUCAUUAUGUGGGGAGCUACCCAGACAGUGGCACACCUCCUCACACCAGCAACCCACCGCAAAAGAGGAAGAGGGCCAACCAGCAUACCAUUAGUCUGCUGACAGGGAAGCCAGAUUACCAGGCUAUAGCUGUAAGAAGUGAAUACAAGCCAGUACAAAAUAUGGUGUCUUUGCUGGAGUACCGUAAACGGAAACAGAGCAGUGGUCGCGACCAUGAGCCCGCUGUCAGCACCUCCUCCCUGGGUGCCACCCCUUCACGGCCUGCCUCUCACUACAUCCAGGAUUCCCAUCAUCAACAACAACAACAACAACAUCAACAUCAUCAUCAUCAUCAUCCUACUCCUCCUCAACAUCAUCAUGCUCAUUCCCAUCAUGCUCAUUCCCAUCAGCAGAUACAGCCCCCGGUAUCACCACACAGGUCCUACUCCUCCUCAGCACACACCAACCCUAUCUCACAGAUAGAGGAGGUCAGUCCUCCGGACCACCAUGGCCCGCCAGCACAGCACCGACGCCAGGACAGCAACAGUGACUGGAUGGUUCCCACGACUGUUGAACGUCUGAGGGAAGGUCAGGGUGUUCUCGAGCGAGUGCUGCGAAGCAUCAAGAUGGAGCGGGUUUACAAGAGGGGAGACGGAUCUACAGAGAAUGAAUAUGAUACAGAUCGAUAUGAGAUGCAGGCAGCGUCCAUGGCUUCUCCCAUGAAGAGUCCACACAGAUACAGUCCCUCUCUGUACUCUCACCAGUCAUCAGAAAGUCACCUGCAGACGGACAGCCCGUCGCUCCGUCAGCAGACCUCCACCUCUCCAUUCCGGGGUUCCUACAGUCCCUCAUCAGGCCAGAGCUUCUACACACGCCACUCCUCCCACCCUGGACUGUCCCAGGACCACCCUCCAUCCUCCUACCCCAGCCACUCACCCACCCCCACCUCAUCGACAGACUCCAGGCCGCCAGCAGCAGGGUCUCUACACCAGCAGAGUGGCAGCAGUAACGUGGACAGAAGCCACAGCUACGGCAGCAGCCAUUUAAAAGCGAGCCUUUUGAACAGCAGUGGCCUGUCGGGGGCUCCCGCCCCAGGAUCCAGGGCCCAUGGGCAGACUAAAAUAGACUCGGGCACCCUGGCUUCCAGGGGUAGUCAGCAACAGGUGUCUCGUGGCCUGAAGUCGGGCAGCCCGAGCCAGGCAGCGCUGCAGGCCAGCUCCAGACUGCUGUCAGCCUCUGGACAGACACACUACCCACAGCGAGGGACGAGUCUCGGCCAGUUCCAGCACUCCCCCCUCCAAGGACCUGGAGUAAGGACACAGUCAGGAAGCUUUUAGGACCUUAUUUGUGUGUGUGUGUGUGUGCGUGCGUGCGUGCGUGCGUGUAUGUGAGUGUGUAUGAAGUUGCGUUACCACCUCAAACGCCUAAAGCUCUGGUGAAAUAGGGCCCAGGGAGUUUGAAGUGGGUAAAUGUAUAGACCUAAGAGGAGCAAGGACUUCCUUACGGAUUUCUCCUUUCCUUGUUUUCUGUCUUUUCUUUCUUUAUUUUCAGAAGAAGAAAAAAACAAAAUGGCCACAUUCUGCACAAAGCUAAUCAUUGACUUUGGACGUCAUGUUGGAAUCAGUGGAAAAGGUGAUUUAGAUGACAAAUACAAAAAAGAAAAAAAAAAAGAAAUCACAUGUAACUUGAAAUUGUCCCCAGUGUUCCCUGAUGUGCCGGACUGUGCAAACAGGCUCUCUAACUUCCACACAGAUGUCUGUACAAAGUUCUAAAAGCUGUAACUGUCGUCAUGGCAGCCAGGUUGGCGAAAUGCUGGAGAUGCAUAUAUAUAAAAAUAUAUGAGUCUGUGCCGCAGUAAAUAAGUGUUUGAUUUGGAAAAGGGGGGGGAAAUGAUGCAAACUGAGAUAAUGUGUUAAUCAUCCGUUAUAGAGCUACAUUAGAGAGCUGGGGAGGAGGACGUUUCCUUUUAUAGGGUCAUUCCAUACAUUACCAUCUUCCAUGAUCUCUCACUAAACAUGAAAACAGCCCUUUUUUCCUCACGGUUCUGUCUGUUCCACUGUUCCGUUGUUGGUUUUCUUUUUUUUGUUGUUGGUUUUCUUCUGUUCUCAUCCUCACUGGACCGUUUUGAUUUCACUCUAGGACUACUCCACUGUAGACUUCUGAUAUUGUACUUGAGACAUACCGGUCUUAUGAUUCAUGGUGCUGCAUUCUUGUUUUUCUUUUUGUUUUUUUUGUUUGUUUUUUUUUUCAAUAAAUUUGAAACCCAGUUA